AUGGCUUCUCAACCUAACCUUGUGCCGCGUGAAUUCCCUACGCCAGGGUUUGUCAAAUUAAACCACUCAGAGAAGAUCGAGGAAGAGACACUCCCAUUCUAUGAACAUCAGCCUGAUCAUGAAAUGGCUAUUUCCGAGCAUUUGAAGAAUUCAAACCAUCAUUUUGGAAAGCAGCUAGUUCGCCUCGUCAUGGAUUCCUUUGAGGUUGUGGGACCCCAGGGGAAACACACAUGCUUGCUUUAUCAACCUCUUGGAAUGAAUUUGGCGGAAUUUCGAAAUUGGUUCCCUGAUAAUAAGUUCCCAAAAGGACUCUUCCAGAGAACUAUUCAACUCGUUUUGAUAUCAGUGGCAUUCACGCAUCAAAACAACGAAGAUGAGAUGAAGCAUCCAAUUGCCAGGAAAGUUUUGCCGGAUUGUAACAUUUACUAUUCCCGACCAAUGCUUGUUAAUGAAGCUUUAUGUGUACUUUUCGACCUUGGUGAAGCUCGACUUGGAAUCCAAAACCAAAACGGUGAUAUUAUGCCAGGAAUGGAUUGGGAUUGCGAGGUUGAUAUCUGGUCAGGUGGUAUCAUGGAAGAUCGCAUUCUAGAUGAUGAACAGCACUUAACGGAAAUUUUCUCGCUUUUGGGAACCCCUCCUCCGGAAUUUCUCAUACGAAAUGACAAUUGUUUCAAAUACUGGGAUAAGCAAGGCAACUGGAAAGGCAAUAUAACCAUACCAGAGCAAUCACUAGAAAUGAGAUUUGGGCAAUAUGAUGGUGAAGAUAAAGAGCCAUUUCUCAAUUUCUUACGGAGAAUAUUGCGUUGGUUGCCUGAAGAGCGACCGACUGCUGAAGAGCUUACGUACGAUGACUUUCUGAUGCAGCCACUGUUAGUAGCAAGCGGGCUCUGUCUCGCCAGCCUGACAAGGCUCAUCGAGGAGUGA